AAUGAAACGACCGUAAAGGGACUUGCAGGCCGGGACAACAACGAGGACGACGAGAGAGCAGCAAUAAUAACAAUGAGAGCCUGGAUGAGACGAGAGACCCUCACGGCGGGCAAUCAAUCGUCGACCUUCAGCCCAGCGAGAGCGGGCGGAAUCAGAUCACGCGCUAGUGACUUUCCGGGCUAGUGGAUUUCCGCCGUCAAAAAAGUUCACGGCGCUCCAAGAGGCAUCUCGAUAAGUUGAUCGCUCUCGCGAUUCCACCACCUGCGCGCUGAGGCUGUCUGCUUCUUGUUACGUCUGGACGGAGGCAUCUUUCACCAUGUCCAAGCGCACAGCUGAUGCCGUUGAAGAGCACUCCGCCGCCCUCAAGGCGGGCGAGCGUCCCGUCGCCGAUGCCCCUCCAGAUGAGGUGGGGGAGUUCGAGGACGAGUUUGAAGACGAGUUUGAGAGCGAAGAUGAGAUCCUAGAGGCAGGAGUGGAUGGCCGACCAGAUGCAGAGCGGGAAGCAGAAGAACAGAAGGAUGCUAUGGACGUCGAUAAGCAGACUUUUAUCCCUGGUCGGACAAAGCUGGCACCGGGAGAGACGCUGUCGCCAGAUCCUACCACAUAUCACAUGCUGCACACGCUCAGUGCGCCAUGGCCAUGUCUGUCGUUUGACAUCGUCCGUGACAGUCUGGGUGACAACCGAACGACAUAUCCUGCGACGGUCUAUGCGGUUGCAGGUACACAGGCCGAGGGUAGCCGUGCGAAAGACAAUGAGCUCAUGGUGCUCAAGCUGAGCGGGCUUAGCAGGAUGGAACGGGACAACGAAACCGACUCGGAGAGCGACUCGGAUGAUGAUGAGUCUGGAGAUCCCAUUUUGGAGCACAAGUCGAUUCCACUGAACUCGACGACAAACCGGAUCCGCGCCCAUCAGACACCAGCUCCCUCGGGAGACUACUCCAAACCGCCUCAGACCAUCACUGCCACUAUGCUGGAGAACUCCCAGGUUCUCAUCCACGAUGUGACCGCUCACCUCGCCAGCUUCGAUACCCCCGGCGCAGUUCUUCCUCCGUCCGCCUCCAAGCCUCUCUCCACUCUCCGGAUGCACAAGUCUGAAGGAUACGCAUUGGACUGGUCUCCUUUGCAGCCGCUGGGCAAACUUCUGACUGGUGACAACGACGGCUUGAUCUACGUGACCACUCGCACAGAGGGAGGCGGCUGGGUGACCGACUCGCGGCCAUUCAUCGGCCACACAUCGUCUGUGGAGGAGUUACAGUGGUCUCCCAACGAGAGAAACGUGUUCGCCUCCGCAAGCAGCGACGGAAGCGUCAAGGUGUGGGAUGUCCGGUCCAAGUCGAGGAAGCCUGCUGUGGAUGUGAAGAUAUCGAACACCGACAUCAACGUGAUGAGCUGGUCCAAGCAGACCUUCCACCUUCUGGCCACUGGUGCGGAUGACGGACAAUGGGGGGUCUGGGAUCUGCGACACUGGAAGCCCAAUGCUUCAUCGCCGUCUUCGCAGCUGCGGCCAUCUCCAGUUGCUUCGUUCGACUUCCACAAGGAACCUAUCACCAGCAUCGAAUGGCACCCGUCCGACGACAGUGUUGUCGCCGUUGGUUCUGCAGACAACACCCUGACCCUGUGGGAUCUGGCCGUCGAACUGGAUGACGAGGAGAGUCGCGAUGCCGGCAUGGCGGAUGUACCACCGCAGCUGCUGUUUGUGCACUACAUGGAGUCCGUCAAGGAGCUUCACUGGCAGGCCCAGAUGCCCGGUACGGUCAUGGCGACGGGCAGUAACGGAUUCGGAAUCUUCAAGACUAUCAGCGUCUAGUCUAUUCUUACAAUUAUUUAUCCGCCCAGCCCAGCAUCGGGACCUGAGGGCUUGUUCAAUGCACAGAACCAAGUACAUAAGCAAAACCUCGCCAUCUAUCCCACCACCCACCAUCUUCAACCGAUCAUCACCAUUGUCACCAUAU